AACGGCUAUCAUAUUCGGAAUCAGCAUGGUCGAUUACCUAUAAACUACCGCAUUUCGUUAGAAAAGCGGUCGGACACCUGGAACGGUUCCCUCGUUAGCUCGAUACUACAGGUAACUUUUUGUUCAGUAUUAAAUGUUCAACUUUUACAAUAAUAUAAAAUUUUCGUCAGUUACUUGCAAAUCUUAGAAGGAAACCUACAGUUCCAGUUUAAAAGAAUAUGAGGAUCCAAUGAUCAGUCGUACAACUGAUUUGUAGCUACCUUUAACUUGUGGUUUAAAAACCACAUCGUCAGCUGUAUAGAUUCUUUAAUACGUUCUUAUCUUUUGUUUCUCAAUUCUCAGUGAUUACGAUCGUGCAAGACCAAUUGAAACAGCUACAUCCAAGCUAUAUGCAGCCUUAGCUGGCCCUGGACUUCAUCGAGCUUUGUGGCAUUUAUUUUGGGCGCUAAUGGUACAAGCCGUAUUGGUUAUAUUUACUAUCGGAACAAAAUUACCGAGCGGCCUCAUUAUACCAAGUAUAUCUAUUGGAGCACUUGCAGGACGACUAAUUGGUGUUAUUACUGAACAAAUUGCAUUCAAAAAUCAGCAUUUGGCAAUAUUAAGACAUGAAUGUGGUGUGUCGAAUGAACAUUGUGUAACUCCGGGACUUUAUGCUGUAAUUGGGGCAUGUGCAUUCCUCGGUGGAGUAUCCCGAAUGACUGUCUCUCUCGUCGUUAUUAUGUCUGAAGUAACGGGCGGUCUAUCGUAUAUUGUACCGUUAAUGAUAACAGCGCUAACGGCGAAGUGGGUCGGCGAUGCGUUUGGUGAUGGAAUUUACGAAGAAAAUGUUAAAUUAUCUGGUUAUCCUUACUUAGAAAAUCGUGAAAGUUUUCGUUUUACACUGAAAGCUGGUGAAGCCAUCCGGCAGUCCAAAUCCGGUAUGGCAACACCUUUAGCUUACAUUGUUCAAGAUGGUAUGACAAUUGCAGCUGUCGAUACUCUCGUUCGUCGACAUCCACACUCUAUUUAUCCUGUUGUUAUUAGUGAAGAAUUUCCGUGUCUUGUCGGACAAAUACAGCGACGUGAUAUUAUGGCCGUGCUAACAUCGCGUAGAGUACAACAAACUCUCACACAACCAAAAACACUGUUGAAUCGUAGAACAUCUGUUGUAUCGUUAUCAGCGUUACUAAAUAAAUCCGGUCAACCGUCGUCAAUAGGUGUUAGACGUGCAUCAAUCGCUCUUCAAGCAUCAAAAAUUCUACAAUUACACAAACUAGUGGAUCGUGCACCGAUCAUAGUCACUGAUCAAACACCGAUGGAAGCAGUCAUCGAUAUGUUUAGGAAAUUAGGAUGUAGGCAAAUAUUUGUAACACAAAAUGGGUGA